AUGUCGUUCAAAUCGGAAGCCAUUGUUGCCAGAGGCCCUUUCUCUGAAGGGAAAUGGGCCAUUGAACCAGUUACUCUCCGGGAUCUUCGCUCAGACGAGGUUCUUGUUGAAAUCGUUGCUUCUGGCAUUUGUCACACAGAUAUACACUGCGGCAACACGCCCGAAGACAAGGGCGUUCCGGGAGUGUAUUACCCUAGAGUCCUGGGACACGAAGGCGAGCCGUUUUUGAUCCAAGUUAUUGAAAGAUCUGGAUAUGUGGUUCAGAUUGGAAACGGCGUGACAAAGGUCAAACCCGGCGAUGCCGUCUUCCUAUCCUUCUCGUACUGCGGAAAGUGCCACGUCUGCAAGACAGGACCACCGUCCCAUUGCACCAACUUUUUCGAAUUAAACUUUUUGGGAGAGCCGGUCUUCUCGGACGGUAUAGGCGGACGCUUCUUUGGCCAAUCCAGCUUAGCCCACCACACGGUAGUCAGCGACAAAUCAGUCGUCAACGCUGCCGGACUCAACCUGACGCGGGAUGACCUGAGAAUACUAGCACCCCUUGGCUGCGGUCUCCAAACGGGCAGCGGAACCGUCAACAAUGUCGCCAAGGCCGGUCCGGACGACUGCAUCGCCAUCGCGGGUAUGGGAGGCGUAGGCUUGGCCGCGGUCAUUGCUGCAAAGAAUCAAGGGUGCAAGGCCAUCAUUGGCAUCGACCGCGUCGAGUCCCGCCUUGCACUGGCGAAAUCGCUCGGCGCUACGCAUAUCAUCAACACCACCGGGCUUGAAAUGGCUCAGGUGACGGAGAAGAUCAAAGAAGCAGCCGAAGGGUUGGGAGCGACCGUCAGCAUCGACACCAGCGCGUUCCCGCCACUGCUCGAUGCCCUGGUUCAAGGCACAAGAUACAUGGGCAAGAUCAUCCAGGUUGGCACCGGUAUGCCGGACGCACAUCUGUCGCUUCAUAUGCAGAGUUUCAUGGUUAGUGGAAAGCAGUAUUUCGGAGCGGUACAGGGGCACGUCAACACCGCCGAGUACAUCCCUCAAAUGGUUCAGUGGUGGAGAGAGGGAAAGUUUCCGGUUGAAAAACUGAUCAAAGUCUUUGAAUACGGCGAUUUCGCAUCAGCCGUAGAAGCGAUGAAGAGCGGCGAUGUUGUUAAGCCCAUCAUUGCCUGGUCAUAA